AUGGCACACGGUAUUUCUGAUCCAAAGAAUAAAAAGGAGCAUUUCGAUACAGCGACUCAUCUGGAGAAGAAACUGGAUCAAUUAGCGCAAUGGAUCAAAGAGAGUCAACAUUUUAUUGUAUUCACAGGAGCGGGUGUAUCCACUUCGACUGGUAUUCCUGAUUUUCGCAGUGGAAUGGACACUGUGUUACCAACUGGACCAGGAGCAUGGGAAUUAGAAGAUCAUAGAGCUAAACGAGCGAAAACGACGACUGUUAUUGAUGACGUGCAAAAAGCAAUUCCAUCUCCUACUCAUAUGGCACUUGUUGCUUUACAACGUCAAGGCAUUCUCAAAUGUAUUAUCUCACAAAAUUGCGAUGGUCUUCAUUUACGAAGUGGUGUCAAUUCGAAUAAUCUCGCUGAAUUACAUGGCAAUAUGAAUUUAGAGAAAUGUCCGCAAUGUGGUGCGAAAUAUUUACGUGAUUAUGAUACGGAAGGUAAUCGAAAACAUUACACAGGUCGUCGAUGUGAUAAGCCGAGCUGUCGUGGUCGACUGAAAGAUUCGAUUAUUAAUUUCGGUGAAGAUUUACCUGAAGACGAACUAAAUAAAGCACUUGAUCACGCAGGAAAAGCUGAUCUUUGUCUUGUGUUAGGUAGUAGUUUGACAGUGACACCGGCUUCUGAUAUUCCGGAACGUGUAGUAGAAAAUAAACAAAAAUUAGUUAUUGGCAAUCUACAACGAACACCUUUCCAUAAAAACGCUACACUAAAUAUUCAUGCGUUUAGCGAUGUUAUUAUGCAGGGUGUGAUGCAACGACUAAAUAUUCCAAUUCCACCAUGGAUUCUUCGACGACGAGUACAUAUCACUUGUUCACAUGAUUUAAAUCAUGAAAAUCAAAAGCGAAUUCUCAUUGAAGGUCGUGAUCCAAAUGAUGCAGAUAUCCCUUUUACAUUGUUCGACAAUAUUGAGAUAAUUGUAAAUCAAAAGGUCGUUCAACAACUCAUUCAUCAACCGUUUGCAUAUGAUCUUGGCGACUUUGAUCAACAAUCGAUCACUAUUCGUCUACAUUUCUUUGGACAUUACAAUGAAAUUCCCUUCGAUUUAACUUAUGGGAAUUUAAGUAAUAUUUCAAAUAAUGAACAAUUCUAUUUAUUAUAUAAUCCGAUGGAAGGACAAUGGAGAAAAGUCACUGGUAGUGAUGAUUUGCCUCUUUGA